CGGCCGCCAUUUGUGUUUACUGUGGAAAGAAAUCGGAUCUCCACCCAAUUCGGAGUUUUAUAAUUUCAAAUUUUACCAUUGAAUCGAGCGAGAUUCGGUCCAUUUUUAUCACCACUCGUGAGUAUAGCCGACCGUUGUCCGAUGGAUGAUCGUUGACGCUGAAAAUGGUUCGAACUACUCGCACAUCGGCAGCGGUAAAAAACUCCACCUCGGGUGGUGGUGGCGGAGGCAGCAGCAGUGGCGACAGUGACAGUACUAAGGGUGAGGCUUCGCCACCCAGAAAUGUGGAAACCGCGUUUGUUGGCGAUGCGGAAGGAGUGGCAACGGUUGCUGCUGUGGAAGAACUCAAUUUGUCCACGACCAUGAAAGCAUCCGUGGUGCUGGAGAAGCUGCAGAUGGAGCAAAUCAAUCCGGGUACUUCAGCGGAUUUGGGAACUGUUCGCAAAGGUGGUCGGGGAACCAGAAAAUCGGUUGGGCAACCGAGAGCUACUCGUCGGCAGCAGCGCUCACAUCCAACACUGGAACAAAAGGAAGAUUCUAAUGACGAUGGACUGGUUGAACUGAUCGAGAUUGUUGAUGAGGAUUCGAAAUCGCACGAAGGGAGCAAUAUGGCACCGUCCGAAGUGUCCGAAUCGACAGUGAUGGCGGUGGAUGAGGAAUUAGAGGAAUCGAAGAUGGGUGUCAAAAUGGAAAUUGAUAAGGAUACGCAAGAGCAGACAGUACAGAACGAUAAGAAAUCGGAUGAAGAUGAAGCAUCUAGCACCGGCAGUGGCAGCGCACCGUCCGUUCAACCGGAAACGGAAGGCGAAAGUGGGUUAAAAACUGAAUUGGUCGGUACUCGCAAAUCGAAACGGCAAGUCAAGGUGACGAAUAAGUAUCGGGAUUUCGUGGUGGAUGCUCCCCUGCCGUCGUCUCAGGUAUCGUACGCUGAUGUAAAAUUGGCUCGUAGCAGCAGUAGUGGACGGAAAAGUCAGCCAACAAAAGAACCGGAAGUACCCCUUCCGGCAUCGUUAGACGAGGUUUCGCCGCCUGAAUCGCCACCACCGAUGCUUCAUCCUCCGGUUCGAACAUAUGGAAGUAAAAAGAAGUCAGAUGACGACACGCCUAAACGCAGAACGACGAGGGCAUGCACUCCCAUUCCGCGAGACAAUCGAGUUCGUAAGAAGAAAACGAAAUCUAGCACUGGGGAAGGAAGUUCUAAGGAUUGGGCGAUUGAUGGCAUUACGCUUUUAGCAUUAGAAGAUCCAAAUGAUUCAACGUUAACUUUUAAUAUUGACAGUAGCUAUUUUUCGGAUGACGAGUUGUAUGGUUUUGGUAGUCCAUCGCCCGAAGAGUUCUGCGGUUGGCCGGAAGAAGAAUUUAGAUACCCUGAAGCGGGUCCUUCAUGUUCCUCGCUGUCGUCUAUGAUGUCAUUCAAAAGUCUUCCAGCUGUGCAAGCUUCAGAAGAGGACACUUCUGGCAUUGAAGACAAGCCUGAAGCCGAAGUUGUGAAAAAACGAAGGGGAAGAUCAGUAAAGACGAUGCCGGUUACGCAGCCGGUUAUUCCUGUUGAAGAGGAGCCGGUGCGACCUGCAGGAUCCAUGUUCAUAAGGAGGUCGUAUAAAACGACGAGAAGUGCAGCUUCAGCUCCGGUAACGAAGGCGGAUGUUCCUGUGGAGAUGAAGGCACCUGAUAGUAUUGCAGAUUUAGUUCAACCGAAAGAUGAACCCCAGGAAAUUGUUGUAGAGGAUGAGCCUAUGGAAGCUGUGAUCGACACAACAGUCGGAAGCGAAUGUGUUCUGGAUGAUGCUAUCGAGAUAGUCCUGCAGGCCGAUGAAAUCAUCAGCGAUGAGCAACAGGAGGUGGUGAUUCCGGUCGCUCCCAAGCCUUUCCGGAAACGACGCAUUCGGGGAGGUACUCGAUCAUCACCGGCAGAUGGACCACGCAGGGGACGAAGUCGAACGAAUAUAGCACCAUGCAUGGACGAAGAAAUGGUUGAAGUUAUAAAACCAGUUGACGAUGAAGAGGAACCGCUGGAGGAGGUGAAGUUGCAUGUUCCCGUCUCGGAAGAAAUCAAGGAGGAUAUAAGCGCGGUGCCGAUGGAGGUUGAUGCGGUAGUGGAUCUCGAGAAUGUAGUUGAAAACGUUAUUCCGAUAGAAAUUAAACAGGAAAGCGUUAUACCGUCAGAAAUCAAACAAGAAGCCAAUGUUCAGGAAGUUACUCCAGUGGUCGAACCAGAAAAGGCGGUGCCGAUGGCUUUACCGGACCUUCCAGUAGAAGAAACGGAAAAGAUGUUGAAAAAAACCCCAACAAAAGCUUUGAGAGCUAAAUCGACAUCUGAGCGUAGAAAAUCGACAUCUUCGCCUCGAAAAUUGAAGACAGAUCUAUUUGAACCGACGAAGGAGGAAUUCAAAGCUGGUAAGGAGAAAGUCGAGCCGGUAAAGGUAAUACAAAUUGAAUCAAUUGUACAAGAAUCUAGAGAGGCUGUGGAUGGUUCCCCACAGAAAGAGUUGCUCAAAAAAGAAGUUCGUCCUAAAGCGAAAGAAGAACCAUCUGAGGAGGAGCGACCGCCUUCCAAAGUAGACACAACUCCAAAACCAUCAAAGGACCUUGAGCGACCGCCUUCCAAACUAGACAUAGUUCAAAAACCAUCGAAGGAACACAAAAAGUCCUCAAAGGAAAGUCGCGAAUCUCGUAAGGAUUCGAAGAAGUCGAAAAAUCGCGAACGAGAACACUCUUCGAAAGAUAAACGAGCGAGAGAGCAUUCGAAGAGCCGUUCUAGCGGAAGUGGCAAAGACCGAGAUAAGGAUAAAGAUCGUGACAAGGAGAAAGAGCGUGACAAGGAUAAAGAUCGGAAACGAUCAUCAGAUAAAAAAGAUCGUCGAUCAGAGGUAGAGAAAAAGCCGGAAGUGGAGAAAAAGCCGAUAUUGCCGGAAGUUGUAGAAAAAAAGCCACCGGAACCAGAGAAGAAAGAGGCGGUGGCUAAACCGCCCACACCAGUGCCGAAGCAGCAGGAUAAGCCCAAAAAGUGUUUCGAUAGCGAACUCCAAGCUCUCGAUCCAGCGUCAAAGCAAAAGCUAGCGGACGAGUGUAAGCGAUCGUCGAAAGAUUCGGAGAAGCCCCGCAAAUCAGACAAACACUCGAAAGUGCGCGUUGAGUCGGAUUCUAAGAAGAAGCACACCAAAAGUGAUUCCAAAACGAAGGACUCAAAGGAGAAGAGUCGUUCAACCGAUUGCUCGCCAGUUCCGAGCAAGAGUAGUUCUUCGAAGAAGUCCUCUAAGGAUACUUCCAGUGGCAGCAGUAGUAAAAGAGACUCUUCCAGUAGUUCGAAGUCGCGGAAGAGCUUGGUGGACGAUAAACCUAAAGAAAAGGAGAAGGAGAAAUCGAAAGAUAAACCUGUGGAGCUACCGCCACCAUCGGUGGAGACAAAGCCGCCGGAGAUUGAACACCCCGAACCUGUGGAUUGUCUCAUCGAAGAAGCCCCGGAAGUUAAACCAGUUAUUAAAGAAGAAUUCCCGGCACCGGAGCCACCUCGAAUUGUUACCAAGGCGUCACGUAAAAUGUAUCAAAAUGACGAGGAGCUUCAAAUUAUCAACUCUUCCCAGGAGUCCAUCAUUUCUGAACCACCGACGAUAAUUCCUAAGGAAGAACCGGCGGUACUCGAAGAAGCAUCCGAUGUUCAGGAGAUCUCCGACGCUUUUGACACCAGUGUGCAAAUUUCGGGACCACGUCCGGAAAUUGCUCUCAAAGAGUUCCAAAACAUCUCCAUCUGUGACGAGAAGCCUAAGGAAGAAGUUGUUCUCAAAGUAGAGGAGGAACCUUCAAUAACAGAAUCGACAGAACCGACUUCCCCGGCUGCGUCGCAGGAAUCAAAUGAUGAUUCCAACUCUAAUAACAGUUCGAUUACGGAAGGCACGAAGGAGUCGAAAGCGGAGCAGCAAGAUGAUGCGAAUAUUCGUCGAUCGUCUCGGAUCAAGACGAUCAGUUCGCAGAAGCAGCGCACCAGUCAUGGAUUAGUCAAGGAUAGGGAAAAGCUGUUCAAGAAAACCAACAUAUCGCUGGGUUUCGAUUCUAAGGUCCUUAAGGAUGCCAUCACCGGCAACUUCAGUGUUGUGUCAGCUGGUGAUCUCUCGGGAAUGGAUAUUUCUGGCUCCAGUGAGCAGGACGCUUACGUGACAAACAUCGAACUAUCAGAGGAAUACCUUCGCGAUAUGGAGGACAAGCUGAGUCGGUUUGAGACGAUCCGGGAAAAUAUGUACCACUGCGAUAAGGUCAUCAGUAAGGAGGCGAAGAAGAUGACGUGCGACUGUUUCCUCACUACGGAUGAAAUCGACCGCGGAGAGCUUGGUUGCGGCGAGGACUGCCUAAAUAAGUUGCUGAUGAUCGAGUGUGGAUCGCGUUGCAUCAUCGGAGAACGCUGUACUAAUAAACGUUUCCAAAAGUUGGAAUACUCGAACUGCCAAGUUUUCCGGACGGAGAAAAAAGGUUUCGGAAUCCAGGCCAGUACAGAGAUAGUCCCAGGGGACUUCAUCAUGGAGUACGUAGGCGAGGUGUUGAACAGUGAGCAGUUCGACGAACGAGCUGAGUUGUACUCCAAGGAGAAGAACAAACACUACUACUUUAUGGCAUUGAGAAGCGACGCCAUAAUUGAUGCAACCACGAAGGGAAACAUUUCCAGAUUCAUAAAUCACUCGUGCGACCCGAAUGCGGAAACCCAGAAGUGGACCGUCAACGGUGAACUUCGAAUUGGUUUUUUCUGUACGAAGUAUAUUAUGCCGGGGGAGGAAAUCACCUUCGACUACCAGUUCCAGCGCUACGGUCGAAGGGCACAGAAGUGCUAUUGCGAGUCGGAAAAUUGCACCGGCUGGAUCGGUGGAGAUCCGGGCAGCGAUGGCGAGUCGGAGUACGAAGAUGAAGAAGAGGUUGAAGAAAGCGAAGAAGAGGAGGAGCAGGACGUCAAACCAGAAGUGCCAGCGGUUGUACCCUCUGCAGUUGAAACCCCGGUAGAGGUGAUUAAAACUGAAGAACCAAUUCCCCUGGCUGAGGAAGGAAAACCGCAGGUUGAAGGAGAACCUGCGGUUACGGAGCCAAGUACCGUCAUACCCAGUGUUGAAAAACCACCGGAAACAAAACCCAAGAAGGUACGUAAACGAAUCGAGCGCCCCAAGAAACGUCGACCUCAGAUUCACGAGGAUCCGGAUCUAGAGCAAGAGAUCAAUCAUCUCCUGAAGACCGGGCUGAAGAACCAGGCCCAGACGCUUAAACUGUCUCGUCUGAUGGUCCGCGCUAAGGACAUCAAAUCCAGAAGCCGACUGCUCACAAUCCUCCAAAGCGGAGAACUGCCGUGCCGACGGUUAUUCCUGGACUAUCACGGUCUCCGGCUACUCUACGGCUGGAUCUGCGAGUCCACCGAAUCCAUUGAAGAUCUCAAGUUCCGCAUCCAGAUUUUGGACACACUGGAUCGCUUACCAAUUCCGAACAAAACCAUGCUGAAGGACAGCAAAAUCCUGCAGACGAUCGAAAAGUGGGCUAAGAUCGAAAAAUCCAAAGAAAAGCAAAAAGAACCGGAAAAAGAGAAGGAAAAGGAAUCGAGCAGCAGCUCUCCGAGUGAUAGCAAUGGCGCGGGAAGUGACAGCAACGCCAGUUCCGACGCUAAAAAGCAGGAAGUCGUUGGGAAUGCUGACGUUCUGAAAAACAUGCCGGAGUUGCUGAAGAUUGCUGAUCUGGGCAAACUGAAGGAGAUCAUCAGUAGCACUUGUUCAGAGAAAGAAGGAUCGGAAAAGGAAAAAUCUUCCGCAGCAGCUGCAGUAGAGACCAUGAUUCCGUCAGCGGUCAGUUUGAUCGAUUCUAUCGAAAUUCCCGAACCAGAGGACGAAAAUGCUCCGGAAGAGAAGCGACUUGGAACGCAGAUCCGCAUCCUCUCCUGCAAAUUGCUAAUUAGUUGGAUCAAUCUCAAGGAGGUAUUUCGAAUUCCAAAGAAAGAACGUAUCGAACAGAUGAAGGAGCACGAACGUGAAGCCGAUUUGCGCUACAAGGCGCUCGGUCUCGGAGACGACGAUACGUCAUCGCAACGGCACUCAUCCACUCGCUUUUUCGAUCGCUCACGUGAACUGAAACGGCGCAAAUCGAUGGACGAUCGAGAACUGCUCAAUUUCCACAAGUUAAAGCGACCACUUAGCACUGCCAGUCCUAUGUACAAAAUGGACAACCUCUCGAAACAGCAACGGCGCCAGCUGUUCGAAAUGAAAGUCGCCCACGAGGAAGCCGAACGACGUAACAAAGAGCUGUGGAUGCAACACGAAACCAACUGUCUUAAGUUCGGCCUGAAUCCGCACCACACCAACCCGAUGGAUGUGCCCGCCAAAAUGAAUCCUGCCACCGGAGAGUACUACUCUGCCGACGAUCGGCCCCUCCCGAGACCACCCAGCCAUAUGUACAUGAAAGUGCAACCGCCGCCUUUGUCCACCAACCCGGAGGACUACGAACUGCCUCCGAUGGAUCUGCCUCCGCUGUGGAAGUUUGCAAUCGACGAACGGGGACGAUUGUACUAUUACCACGUCAAAGAUCGCGUCCCCCAGUGGGAACCCCCGAAGAAGAGCAAUCCCAAAGGGCCCGGUCAAGGACUGCGCGACGAGGAUAUUUCCAUGAGUUCCGACUCGAGUACCACCGACACCGAGGACUCGGAGGAAGAGUAUCUCAAUACGCAUAUGGAGCAGCUGCUCAAGCGGAAGAAGAAGCAACAAUCGAGCUUCAAUUUGGACGACGUCCUCGCCAAACCGGACGACAUGAAUGAUAGUCUGUCGAAAACGAUCAAGGAUCUGGAAACUGGUGAUUCGUCUCCCCACGCCAGUAGCAGCGGUGAAAAGCUGUUCGGCAGUGAAUCGUUUGAGAAAACGGCCGAAGAGUUGCUGCAGCAUAGGAAGCGAAAGCAUAGCAACAGGCUUGUUCAGGAGAAGAUAAUUAGCCCCCGGACCGAGGAGGACAAAUUGUACGGCCAGAUGGAGAUGAAACGCUACAAGGAAACCAAAGAGAAACUCCGCCGCCGAAAGGAGGAAGCCAAGCGACUGCGAGCCCGAAGCAUGUUGGACAAGUCGCUUUCCGACAGUCCUUUCAGUGGAUCCUAUUCCGGUGUGGAUGCGCUGGAUCGGAGCGCUACCGAAAAUUCGCUCAUUGACGACGACCUGGUGGUGUCACACAAAAUCGUUGACGACAAGUGCAUCGUCGAUGAGCUGGACAUUCUGACCAAGAAGAAAAAGAUCUCCCCCUACGAGGAGUGGCAGAAGGUUAAGCAACGUCUGGGGAAGAAGCGAGCCGCGAAGCUUGGCGAAAGUUCUUCCACCUUUGGGGGAUCCUCGUCGGCUGCAUCGUCCUCAUCGGUGGGCUCGUCUAAAAUUGGCAAACGGAAAAAGUCCGACCGGUUAGAUCUCAACAGCGAUGAAGCUCGUAAGAUUAAAGAAAAAUUCCGCGGCGAAAUAGCCGGAGUUAUUGUACAGCAUUUGGGAGCGUAUCGAAAGGAAUCCUGUCAGACCGGUCGAAUCACUAACACGGAGGAUUUCAAGCAUUUGGCGAGGAAGCUCACCCAUUUCGUCCUGGUGAAGGAACUGAAGCACUGCGACAACACCAUCAACGAGUUGGAAGUGACAGACUCGGUGCGGACCAAGGCACGUGAGUUUAUCAAAAAGUAUAUGGCCAAGCACGGCACGAUAUACGUGAGGGGCGACAACGAGCCUGACUACGCCAACAUCGGCGUUAAUCUCUGAGAGGAAGCCAAGGGAAGAGCGGAAACUCCGAAGGUUCCGCCAGCUUCCCAAGAGUAAGUCGUGUUUUACCCGAUACUAAAUGCGCUGAUUACAAUUUAAUAAGGUAAAGUAAUACUAUUUUAUUAUUACUUAAAUCUAUCAUAGCACGAUUGUUCAAGAGAGUUUAGAUCGAAUAGAUGAGUUCGUUUUAAUUUAUAUUGCAAAUUUAUGUUAUUGUGUGAAUAGAGUAUUCUUAGGGAGAAUAUGAAAUACGAAGCGAGUGAUUGUACCAUUGCAGGUUGAUUAUCACUCGCAAUAAAUGGUCUAGAAAUUUA